CAGCAACGCAGUGAACGGUAACCUUGUUAGUCUGCAGUGCCACGUUGUUUACAGAGGAGCUCGUCGAAUUACAUGGCAGCUUGCAGGCUCUCGAAACGCCCAGGCAGGCUGCCCUCGACCCCGGCGGACCGGCUCCCCGGACCACACGGGACUUGCGAAGUCCGGUCGGACCGCCGCGUAGCCGCCUCGUUUUUAAUCACAGAUUCACUCGCAGUGUGAAGCUUCCUGCCAGUAAAUAAAAUAGCCUUCCGCUGAGUUGGGCAGUGAGUCUCCUCUCUGCUAGGCGAUGAUGUGACAGGUCGUUGAGAGGAAAUGAGAGCUUGUAGACACACACACACACACACCGCAUUUGUUCCUGUCUGGUGAAACGGGGUUUUACGUUUUUGAGGAGGACGUGCAGGGCUGUCAGAGAGACAUGAUUUCCUGUGAACGACCAGGUUCCGAGGUGCUCCUCCGAGUCCUGCUCCUCCUGCCCGGACCGAUGUGUGCACAACAAGCUCGGCUUGGCUCCGCUCCGCUCUGCUCUCAUUCACACCUCUGCGCUCGAUUUAUAGGUUAAAGGAGUAGAACUGGAGCCCACUUGCCCUUUCAAGUGCGCUCCAGGGUGGAAAUUCUUUGGUCUGAAGACAACAGGACUUUUGUUUACAUGCUCCUGAAACCCUAUCCGUCCACUGUAGAGCUGCGUUGAGGGGGGGAGGGGGUGUGGGGUAGCAGCCAGGGGAGCGAAAAACGUGUUUUAACUAUCAUGUCAUUUGGCUCAGAAUGGUUUCAAAAUUUAGGAUUUGGACACAUCAACGACCGGAAAGAAAGCUAGUUGGGAAACGGGGAUGGUCAAACAUGAGCCUGGGAUCAAAUGAACCCCCUAGUUGGUUGAAUUUACUUAAAUGCAGGAGGUGUUGAACCAGAUCGCAUUUCGGUCCUGAUUGUGAUUCUAAAUUCGUAAUUGAGACGUAUUCAUAUUGUAUUAACGCUCAUGACUUGUCAGUCCUCUUUUAUACUGCAGAAGCACGUCAUGCCUCAUCUGAUCAUGUAAAUUAAUACUUUAAUACAGUUAUUGCAUAGAUGACACAGGCUGUGAUUGUACAGCGGGGGGGGGGUUACUCAAACAACACUAUUCCUGCGAUCGAGCCUCUUAUUGUUCCUCGUAUUAUGUUCAUGUUCCUGACAUGACACGUACUGCACAUACACCGAUUGCAAAACACGGCCCAGGUGAUCGACAAUACACUGCUCGGACUACCGUGUUUGUUACGUCUCUCCACGCGGAUCUGACGUGCUCGACUCCAGUUAUAUGCACCAAUACGAAUAUAUAGAAUAUCUACUUUUUCGUGAUCGGUACUUUUGCGUGCCGGUUGUUACGUUACUCUGAUCAGUCGUCGUAACGGCGUCCAGGGAGAGAGGUGGCGGCGGCGGUGGUGGAGGAGUUUUGCCUCCAGUUCCUGACUGUUUCGACCUCAGGCUUCCACGCGAGUUUCUUCCGCGGGUAGCGCGCGCGUGGUUGUUGUUUUUUUUUUUUUUUUUUUUUUCCCCCCCUUUUUUAAACGUGCCCGCCGGUCUGCGCGAUCCGCUCUUCGUUGCCGAGAAAAGCGCUCUGAAAAUGGCGGCUGUGGGCAGCGUUGUACUGUGGGACCCGCUCGCGCGUCCGCCGCAGCGCCACAGAGACGCGCAGAGCACACUGGCGUCGCGUCGUACGCGCCUCCCGUUCACGCGCUUCUCUCACUUUUACGCGGCGACACCCGGAAAAGUGCGGGGGGAGGAGGAAGGAGGAAUACGCGGAGAAUGUUUCACAGAUGUAUUUCCGCGCGUGUAAAAGUUGGGAACGCGAGGCACCAGUGAGCGCGAGCGACGUGAUGAGCCUCCCCUGAAGACUCUCGAGAGCCCAGACUCCCGCAGCAGGAUGAUGUCCUUUUCUCUCAGGAUGACACGACCGCUCUUCAGCAGCCAAGUGGAUGCACUUAGAUGUCUGCAAUGAGUGCUGUGGCUGGUAUGCCUCAGUGUUUUGGAUCCCCACACUCUGGACUCUGUAGGACAAGAACGUCUCAGCAGAGAACGUCAUGAGUGUAGCCGUCCCGGUAGGGGUGGAUGCCACUGACACCUCGUAUCUGGACAUGGCUGCUGGCUCAGAACUUGAACCUGUGGAGGCCAGUCCGGUUGUGGGGAAGUCUGGCUACCCGCAGAUCUACAGCAGUAGCUCUCACCACUCUCAGAGCUACACCGGUCUGCCUUACGCUGACCACAACUAUGGUGCCAGGCCUCCACCUACUCCCCCAGCCUCACCCCCGCCUACAGGCCUGAUACGGUCUGGGGAGCUGCUCUUUGUGCCCACUCCCCAGGACGAGGCAUCCCGGGGCACCACACUCAGCACCUCAGAGGACAGCAAUUAUGGGGCUGACAUCACGCGCUGCAUCUGCGGCUUCACUCAUGAUGACGGAUACAUGAUUUGCUGCGACAAGUGCAGUGUGUGGCAACACAUAGACUGUAUGGGGAUUGACCGUCAACACAUUCCCGAGACCUACUUGUGUGAGCGCUGCCAGCCAAGGAAUUUGGACCGUGACCGGGCCAUUGUUCUACAAACAAGGAAGAGGGAGAAUCUUUCCGACGGAGACACAAGUGCCACAGAAAGCGGGGACGAGGUGCCACUGGAGUUGUACACGGCCUUUCAGCACACGCCUACUAGCAUCACGCUAACUGCUGCACGCAUGGGCAGCAAACAAGCCGAAAAGAAGCGCAAGAGGAGCAGCGACAAGGAGCCCAGCACUGUCCCCAGCCGGGCCAAAAAGGCAUUUCGUGAGGGGUCUCGAAAGUCCUCCAGAGUAAAGGGCUCUGCCCCUGAGGUAGAGCCAGUAGACACCCCUUCCUUGUGGGAGAACAAGAUCAAGGCCUGGAUGGAGCGGUAUGAGGAGGCCAGCACCAACCAGUACACUGAGGAGGUUCAGAUCCUCCUGCGGGUGAAGGAGGCUGGGGACAACAAGCCUCUUGCCUACAAUACCCAUGGCAUGACUUUCAGGCCUCCAGUGGAGAGCCAUGUGCAGAAAAAUAAGAGGAUUCUGAAAGCAGUGCGUGACCUUGCCCCUGAUUCCCUCAUCAUUGAGUACCGGGGGAAGUUCAUGCUACGGCAGCAGUUUGAGGCCAAUGGUUACUUCUGUAGGAGGCCGUACCCCUUUGUGCUCUUCUACUCAAAGUUCCAGGGGCUUGAGAUGUGCGUGGAUGCACGGAGCUUUGGGAAUGAAGCCCGCUUCAUCCGCCGCUCCUGUACUCCCAAUGCAGAGGUUCGUCAUGUAAUUGAAGAAGGCAAACUACACUUGUAUAUCUUCUCUGUGAGGCCAAUCAGCAAAGGCAGUGAAAUCACAAUUGGUUUUGACUUUGACUAUGGCAGCUGUAAGUACAAAGUGGACUGCGCCUGCCUCAAAGGAAAUCCUGACUGCCCUGUGCUGAGACGGAACAUGGAGCCUACAGAGAACCUGGGGACCUCUGUUGAUUCCCGGCGCCGACGAUGUCGAAGAGACAGGGAGCCAGCCCGCGAGAGGGACAGUGAGGGCACACAGAACCAGAACAUCACUCUGGAUGGUGACAGUCUGGGCACCAAGGGCAAGGCUGUGAGUGAAGGCAAACACAGGAAGCUUUCCCCACUUCGCCUCUCCAUUUCCAACAACCAGGAGCCAGAGUUAAUUGAGGAUAUAGAAGAGAAAACCUCCAUUAGCAAUGAAGUAGAGAUGGAGUCAGAGGAGCAGGUUGCGGAGAGGAGGAGGAAGAUGACACGUGAAGAGAGGAAAAUGGAGGCAAUCCUGCAGGCCUUUGCCCGAAUGGAGAAGCGGGAGAAGCGGCGAGAGCAGGCUCUUGAGCGGAUCGGCACCAAGGGGGAGGUUGGGACCCGCAGCGACAUCAAAGAGGAGCCCCCAAGUAUGCCUGAGAUAGAGGCCCCUGCUGGGCCACAGUCCCAUCAAGACAUGGUAAAGGAGGAGCCAGGAACCAGGCCAGCAGUAGGGGUGUCGACUGCUGCCAAGGUGAGCCGCUCAAAGCAGCGGAAGAGCUUCUCUCGUAGCCGCACCCACAUUGGGCAACAGCGGCGACGUGCCCGCACUGUCAGCACCUGCUCUGACCUGCCACCUGGCUCACCCGUGGACUGCCCUGAGCCUCCGCCUGGCGAGCCCCCUGAGGAUCCGCCCCCAGCCACACUCGACCCAGAGCCGCUUCAGCCCCAGCCCCCUGACUCCAGCCCUUGCCCCAGCCCUUCUCCAGCUCCUCCUUGUAGGGCAGCACUCAAAUACCCCAAAACUAAAAAGCACUUAGUGAGUGAGUGGAUGGUGGAGAAGCAAGAACGUACUCCUCGCACCCCUGAGCCCCCCUUCGAGCGCCCGCUUCGUAUCAGCAGUGACCCCGAGGUGCUGGCCACCCAGCUCAACUCCCUUCCAGGUCUAGCCUGCAGCCCGCAGGUCUACAGCACACCCAAGCAUUAUAUCCGCUUUUCCUCACCCUUCUUGGCGGGUCGCAGCCCUGCCACUCCUACUGGGGUCCUCACCAGCCGGCGACGCUCCCGUGAGCUGUCUGACACACCUCCUACGUCGGGCUCUUGCAAGAAGCGCUGGCUAAAGCAAGCUCUGGAGGAGGAGUGCUCCCCCACUACCGCUAACCGGCCCACAUUUGGUGUACCCAGUGAGGGUCCACUCAGUCCCUCUGUCAAUGGCGACUCAGAAACCUCCCACCCUUUCAAUGGCAGCUCCCCUUUACCAGUGGAGUUUCCUACUCCGCUGAAAAAGCGCCGUUUUGGCCCACUGGAGGCAUGUUUGUCAGAGACCUCCACACCGUAUGGCUCUCCCUGUCCCACACCCACUCGUGCUGACCUCUUGGAGACACCCAGCACCCCGCUGCUUCUUGCUACCCCACCUCGUGUCCGCCCCGAAGACUCAAGUGCCGACUCGUCAGUCCCCAACCCUGGCACACAAGCCCCCCUGGCUCCUGCUACUCAGGCCACACUGGCAGAGACUGAGUCGUCUCCUGAUAGUUCUCCCCAGGUGAGCCGUAGACCCAGCGUUCAAGAGGUUGAGCGUCCCCUUACGCUGCUUUCAUCCCCCAGUGUCAGGACAAGCAGCUCUGAUGUGCCUAAUAUAGAGGUGAAACCAGCAGGGCCCUGGAGCCCACGCCCCGCACAGCCCCAGGAAUGUGACGGGGAGGAGGCUGUAACAGAGGGGCCAGUUGACACUUCUCUCACGGAUCCCCCCACUCCAUCCUACCCAACCUGGGCAAAGAGUCCGGAGAGGCUGCCCUUCUCACUGGUGAACUCCAACCUUCGGGACCUCACACCGUCCCAUACCCUGGAGCUGGGGGCCUACCGCCCGGACCCAGCCAUUUCUACGUUCAGCGAAGGUGGUGGCUACUACGGCUGCUCUGAGGAUGCUGUGACAUUUGCACGCUCUGUGAGCGGGGAGUGCACAGGCGAAACAGGGGUGGGGGCAACACAGAACCCCCCUCAGAAGAAAAAGGUCUCCCUGCUGGAGUACAGAAAACGGCAGAGGGAAGCCAGACGGAGCGGGUCGAAAGUAGAGUGCAAUUCGCCUGUGACCACUGUGCCUGCCCUGCCUGGGCUGUGCAGUGUAACUGUUGAUGUCUCUCCCAUUGAUGCUGAUGGGUCUGCUGAGCCCCAGGUCCACUCUGCAACACUCUGCGUAGAAGCACCACAGUCAGGUGACAGCACAGAGGUCCCAGGAGAGCGAGAAGGGGGAGAAGGGCGGUGGAUAUUGUCUACAUCAGUUGAGCAGGCAAGGGAGAGAGGGUACCACCGGGCCCUGCUGUUGAGCGACCACCGAAAGGACAGAGAGACAGAUGGUGGCGAGGGAGAAGGAGAUGACAGCGCAUCGAUAAAGGAGUGUAUGUCUCCUCGGCCCCACAGGACCUGUAGAAGUCCCUCUUCUAACAAGCCAAGCUCCCCUGGUCCCAGUGUCUCUCACCAAACUGCAAGUCGCUCAACCAAGGAGGAGGAGAGUGACAACCAGUCUCGUGUCCCUUGCCUUUCGCCAUCCGUCCAGCAGUCCUGCAAGCCACCUGGGCCCAAGGCAGCACCGCUGACCCCCAGCAAAAUACCCUCCCAGGGUCUCUUUCCUGUGCCCUCUGUCCUGCAUUCUCCCAAGUCCCAAUCACAGUCACACUCCCAGGGCUCCCCAUACCGUGGACAGCGGACGUUCCACUCGGGGCAGCCUCAGCCCCAAACUCAGGGCCAGGCUCAGCCAGGCCCAGCCCCUUUUGCCCAGUAUGGGGUACAGAGUGUUCCCCCACCACCUCCUCCCCCUGCUCCGCCAUCAUCAGCAUCUUACUUCCCUGGGCAGACUCCAGCACCUGCAGGUACCUUUCCGGGCUACAAGGCAACAGUGGUAUCUGCUUUCCCUUCUACUUCGCAACCGCUAAUCCAGACUCACCAUAACCUGCAUUAUCAGAGCUCUGCAGCAGUAACCCCGCCCCCUCCUCCUCCUCCACCCCACCCCCAGUCGACACCCACUAUGCUCCAUAUCAACAUGACACCAACAAUGCAGCAGCAUCAGCUCUUGCUGAGUGCAGCUCCACUCCCUUCCCAUGUGCUAGGUUCCGCCCUUCCGCCGCCACCACCACCACCUCCCCAGAGCCAGGUUCCUCAGCAGCAGCCUUCUGGCAAUGCCCUCCUGUCCCUUCAGCAGGCGCCACCUCCACCGCCUCCACCUCCACAGGCCACGCACCACUUUCAGGGCAUGGGAGGAUUCCAGCCCCCUCUGGUGCAUCCUGGGGCUUCCGGGGUCCCAGCUGUGGCCUCGUCUGCCUACCCGGCUCACCAGCAAGGUGUGAUACCACCGCCGCCCCCGCCACUGCCCCAGCAGACUCCAACCGUGCAAACUCAGUCCCCCUCCACCCAGCUACCCAGUGGGUCCAGGGGAAGCCUGCCGUCAUCUGCCCCUUUCCACACCACGGGGUACCUUGGUUCAGGGUGGCACUGACACCAUAGGACUUACAAAGGUGUUUGCUUUUGUGGGGGGCAUUGCGUGACUGUAAAUAGUUUUGUUUUUUUAUAUAUAUAUAUAUAUAUAUAAUAAAUUUACUUGUACACAAAGCAAGGAGAAAAACGAGGAAAAGGAAAGGAUUUAAAAACAGACUGUACCUUACAUAAAGACUAUAAAAGAAUCUUGGUGCUCAUCACUCUCUCUCUGGCAUUCUGUGUCCAAGAGGCAUUGUUUCCAGUGUAAUAUUUUUUUGACCACCUUAAUUCUCUCGGCAGAGUUUCUGGUUGGUCUUUGUCCAUCUGUCUCUUGUCCUCUGUCCCUGUCCUUCUCUCUUAUUCUCCAUCUCUGUUUGAAGUCGCAGUACCAGACCCAGCGCACUCGGUUUGUGGACAUUCCAGCCUUCAUGCCUGCCCACUCUAUGGGCUCUGGACACGUUUCUUUCCUGGUUGUACUCAUUUUAUGUGUUCAUUUAGUGGCUCAUUUUAGUAAUAAACAAAAGCUUUUUGUACAAAUAAAAAAUAUUUUUUUUAUUCUUUCUCUGUAACAAAAACCUGUAAUCAACUGCAGAGAUUCAGAGAGCCUUGUUGGUAUUCUUUUUUUCACUGCCCUGACAGUCCGUGUGUGUGAGUGAGAGUGCGUGCGUGCGUGUGUGCAUGUGACUGCGAGAGACUUUGUGAUAGAGAAAGGCCUUGGAAGGAGGAGAAAGAGUAUGUGAAUGUGUUGUUGGCUUUCAGAUUAGCCUGAAUGUGGACUUGCUUGUUAGGUAGGAUGUUACGAGUUUAUUUUGGGAUUUUAAUUGUUAUUUGUAGAAAUUGUAAUUUAAUGUAUAGAUGGUUACUCCAGGUUUCUGCAGAGACAUGUAAAUAGUUGCUUUUUUGUUUUCUAUUGCUUGUACAAUUUGCUUCCAUCUCAUUUUGGAGAAUUGUAAAUAUGAUCUGCGUUUCUCAAAGCUGUUUUCUGUGACAGUAGCACUGUUUCCUUUUUCUUUUCUUCUGAAUUAUUCUAUUUUAUUUUUGUCUUUUUUUUUUUAUCAUUUGUGUGUUUGAAAGAGAGUCUCGGACAGCACCAGUUGGUUAUUUUCAUGGUUCAUGAUAAUAAAUCACAGUAAUGUCAGUUUUAUACUA